UCAUCUUCUCCAUUGUACUGUCCGGUGACCUACACUUCACCAUCGCCACUCUCAAUCAAAGCUCCCGCCUUUUUCCAAAAAAAAGCCCCAAAUGGACGAAACCAUAGCUUCUCAUAACCCCAAUUUCUCUCUUCCAAUCUCGAAUUCGUUUCAUUCUCCCCAAUGUUUUGGUUCUCCUCCUUGAGAUCUGCCCAGCAAUGCUAAUUUCAGCUCUUUCCGUUUGAAAAACUUCAGAUCCAUCUCGUUUUUCUUUUGAUUUGUUGGUUUUUUUGUGUAUUUAUUUUGAAAUUUUUAGAAUUGAUGAUGGAGAUCUUCUCCCCGAGUGGGAGACUCCACAUGGCAGGCCAGCGUCGGUGGCUCCCGUCGGCGAUCCCGGGAAACCGGCCCUUCCUCAUUGGUCUGUGGGUUUUAGGGUUUGCUUUGGUGUUUCUUUGGCAGCGGGGCUCGGUGGUUGGCCGUGGACCACGGAUGUUCUCAUGGGCUGCGCCGCCUCGUCCGUUGCCAAAGCUCCGGCCAUUGGCAUUCAAUCUCACGGACUUUGGAGGAGUUGGGGAUGGAGUUACUUUGAAUACUGAGGCUUUCGAGAGGGCGGUGGCAUUCAUAUCGAAGCUGAGGAAGAAGGGAGGAGGGCAGCUGAAUGUGCAGGCUGGUGUUUGGCUCACGGCGCCUUUCAAUCUCACAAGCCAUAUGACUCUCUUCUUGGCCGAGGGCGCUGUUAUUCUUGGAAUUCAGGAUGAAAGUUAUUGGCCGCUAAUGCCUCCAUUGCGGUCAUAUGGACAUGGGAGGGAACAAAAGGGACCUCGCUAUGGGAGUCUGAUUCAUGGCCAAAAUCUCAAGGAUGUGGUUAUAACAGGACACAAUGGCACAAUAGAUGGACAAGGCAAAUCAUGGUGGACAAAGUUCCGUAAGAAAUUGCUCAAGCAUACGAGGGGGCCCCUUGUACAGAUCAUGUGGUCCAGAGAUAUUGUUAUUUCCAACAUAACUUUACAAAAUUCUCCUUUCUGGACUCUUCAUCCCUAUGAUUGCAAAAAUGUAACCAUCACAAAUCUCACCAUCUUGGCCCCUGUCUCUGGAGCUCCGAAUACAGAUGGAAUAAAUCCAGAUUCCUGCCGGGAUAUGGUAAUAGAGAAUUGUUACAUCUCUGUCGGUGAUGAUGGAGUAGCAAUAAAAAGUGGCUGGGAUCAGUAUGGAAUUGCAUAUGGCCAGCCAUCAAUGAACAUUUUAAUACGCAAUCUAGUAGUCCGCUCUGUCGUCAGUGCUGGAGUCUCAAUAGGCAGUGAAAUGUCUGGAGGAGUUUCUAAUGUUUCGGUGGAAAACGUUCAUAUCUGGGAAUCUAGACGUGGGGUCAGGAUUAAAACUGCACCUGGGAGAGGUGGAUAUGUCCGAGGCAUCUCAUACCGCAACAUAACAUUCGAUAAUGUUCGUGUUGGGAUUGUAAUAAAGACCGACUACAAUGAGCACCCAGAUGAAGGUUUUGAUCCCAAGGCUACCCCUACACUCAAGAAUAUCAGCUUUACCGGCAUACAUGGCCAAGAGGUCCGAGUCCCAGUCCGUAUCCAGGGCAGUGAAGAAAUACCAGUGAAGGAUAUCACAUUCCAGGAUAUGUCAGUCGGCAUAUCCUACAAAAAGAAGCAUAUUUUCCAGUGCUCCUUUGUCCAAGGGCGUGUGAUCGGUUCGGUCUUCCCGGCACCAUGUGAAAACCUGGAUAAAUAUGACGAGCGAGGACAGCUGGUGAUGCGCUCCAUCUCACAGAACAAUACAGAUAUCGACUAUGACUUCUGAACCGAAAAAGUAAAAACAAAAAUUUUCACUUGAACUGGUCGCCUUUGUUGUUCAUCAGGAGAGAAAAGGACAAUAAUAACAUUGUCCUCAUACAAUUUCCUUUUCGUCUCUUUUUUUUUUUAUAUAUAUCAGGCUUGUACAUACAGAGCAUUUGAUUAUUAAUAUUUAUGGAAUCUCAGAAAAUGAGUACUCUCAUUUGAUGUUCUUGCCACCAAUUACUUGUUACUUU